GAACAUACCACUACCACGGUAUAUUUCAAAUAUCUAACCUAAUCUGAAAUGACUGAAUGUAUACACGUAUCGACUGUCACUCCAUAAGUUGAAAGAUGAAUUUGCGAGAACCAAGGAAAAAGAAAAGAGUAAAAUUGAAACUGCAGUCACCAUUUCCCAUUCCACUGAACGAAACUGAAGAAUGGCCAGUUUAUACCGCUCACCUCACAGAUCUGGGCUCGUGCAUAAUUGAACCUGAUGAAAUCCAUGCAGUACAUUCUAUGGGAUUUUUUGGUAAAGGAUCGCUAUCACGCAGUUAUCCUUCUUUUGGCAAAGCGAGGUAUGGUGCACCUCCAGUUGUCCGAAACAGACAAUGGCGUCAUAGGCAGGAAUGGCUGAGAGAAGUGAAAGAAUUGAAUUCUGCCUCUAGAUCCAAUUUCGAAGUGGAGAUCUGCGAUAUAAUUGCAGAAGGUAAAGCGAGUCAAUACGGGGAAGGAAAUGUAUCAGGUAACAGAAAAGAGAGCGUUGGCGAUAUCAUCGAGAUUUUACCGAACCCCAUCGAAAGUGGGAGCAAGCAAAGAGAUGAAGCUGCGAUAAAGGAGAUCGACGAGGUCGUUCUCGAUUCCGCGGAGGAGGAUGACGUGUGCGUCAUUGUUAAUAAAGACUCCGAACAGAAACGUAACAGCACCAAGGGCUCUCCGAAAACUCAGGAUGAUCAGAACUUCUCGGAGGAGCAAAAGGACAAGGAGGAACUUUGCGAAUUCGACUAUUACGACUUCAAGAACGAUCGCCUGAACGAGGAUGAUGAUCCGCAUGGUAAAUUGUUAGUCCUACCGGACAGCGACUCGGACACCGAGAACUAUCUGAAGAACAUCAAGCCAAAGAUCGAAAAUGAGGGUUUCCCCAUCCGGGAAGCUCUACACCUCACUUUCGAGGAGACUUUCUUCCUGCUGUUCGGUCUCGGCUGCUUGCAGAUCGUCCACUUCGAUGGCAGCCUACUGGACAUCAACAGCGCGUGGUUGUACUUUUGCAAAGAGAGGCCGGACUUUUUACAAAAAUACGUAGUCUACCAUUAUUAUAGGAGCAAAGGCUGGGUGGUAAAGCCUGGCCUGAAAUAUGGUGGCGACUUUCUGCUCUACAAAGACGGGCCGCCCUUUUAUCACGCUUCUUACAUCGUCAUAGUUGAAGUAGCAGACGCAGAUUCUUUAGUCAUAGAUUCUACCAUGUCGUCGCGAUCCAUGACGUGGGACAGUUUGUUCGGACUAGAAAGGCUUUCCGAAACCGCUGCUAAGGAAAUACUUUUCGCGCAAGUUUUAUGGCCAUCUUCAGUGUCUCGGGAUGUCGGCGCGACUAACCCCGAGAUACUCUCCGAGUUCACAGUAAGAGAAUUGCUCUGGCGACGAUGGAAUCCGAAACAACACCGGGAAGAUGUUCCGACUGAAGAGGAAGAUGACGAUUCCUUCUAAAAAGUUUUAUUUUUACAAAUCUUUUUACAACGAUAAUGCUUUAAUUUAUUUUAUACGAUCAUUGUUUUAUCAUAACGUUUUACCAUAAUGCGCCUAUAUAUAUAUAUAUAUAUAUAUAUAAUCUUUUUAUUAAAAAUGUAUUUAUAUAAUAAGGCGAUUCGUGCAAUUCACCAAUACGAUAUAUCUUUUUUUAAACUGUGACUGUAUUAAAUACUGCGAAGUUUAUUACAAUCUAAAAUUAAAUAUAUGCGUGUAAUGACAAUAUUAGUGAUAUAUAUACAGCUCACAGGAAACACAAUUUGCGCAAAGUGUCCAAGCUACUCCGCGCGAGUAGCGGCGCGCAUUAAGUCGGAUCGAAUCGUGUCUUUAUCAGUGAUCGGCGAUUCGCGCGGCGGUACCGCUUGCGGUACUCGCAAAGUGAAAGCAAGUUGCGAUCGCAAGGCGGAUCGCGCGAGGGCCCGCAGCACGUCAUCCCAGGGCCCGUGCAGUCAGUCCGAGACGAGCUGAGAGCUGGCAUGUCGAGCGCCGUGCAUUGCGAGUCGUCAGCGAGUUGAGCAUCCUUCAAGCCCGAGCCGGGGGAUAACGUCCGCGCGAUUCGGUAUGUAAAAGAUAUUUCUCCCCUAUCAACCUUGCGUCACGUUAUCAAAUAAGUGUAGGUGCUUGUGUCAUCCGAAAUUUAUGUGAUCAACUUGCAAAACAAAUAACAAUACUCGAUUUUUAUAA